AUGGGGCGGGGCCCCACGGUUGCUCUCGCAGCGGCGGCGGCGGCGCUGCUUGUGUCGCUGCCGAUGCUGACGGUAUCGCUUCGGGCCGCGGACCCGUACGAGCAGGAGACCCGCCGGAUGUUCGUGGAGUGGAAGGCCAGGGUCAAGGAGACCUAUAGAUACGUCGGCGAAGAGGAGUGCCGGUACGCGGUGUUCAAGGAGACCCGCCGCCACGUCGCCCGCGCCAGAGCCGCCGGGGUGACCUCAUCUGGCCUCAACGGUUUCAGCGCCACCACCAUUGAGGAGUUCAACAACAUGUUCGGGGCCCGGAUGGGGGAGAAAUCGUAUGAGCAGGAGACCCGCCGGAUGUUUGUGGGGUGGAAGGCCAAGUACGGCAAGACCUACAGAGACGUCGGUGAGGAGGAGUGCCGGUACGAGUUGUUCAAGGGCAACCGCCGCGUCGUCGUCCGGCUCAACGCCGCCGCCGGGCAAAAUGUGUACGGCCUCAACCAAUUCGGCGACCUCACCAACGAGGAGGUCCGCGAACGCUGCUACCCGAAGAUGGAGGACCGAGAGCUGAGCGCCAGGUGCCAAGCCGACCCGGAAUCCGGCCAUGGGAGGCUGAUUCGGUACCAGGUUUGCCGGUGCAUUGCUACGGAACUGAAAGAAACAGAGUCUGGAGGUAGUGCCAUUCCUGGAGAUGGUCUGAUGGUCCUAUUGUUACAGCAGCUAAUGCAAAUGCAUGGGGUCUGA